UCGAAGAGAGAGGGAGUGUGUGUGUUAGUGUUGCGUUUUCUUCUUCCUCUCUUCUCCUUCUCUGCUUCUUCCUCCUCCUUCAAAUCUCACUCCUCUUCUUCUUCUUCGCUUUCUUUCUCUAUAAUUUCUGCAACUUCCUUAUCUCUCUUCAGCUCCGUUUCCUCGUGCGCCGCGUUUGGAUCCACGCGCCUCUCAAUUUCGCCACACUCGCAGCAAUCAAUCCCGAGCUGCGCAAUCCGCGCACGGUGUUCGAAUUCGAGCUGCGUUUCCAAGUUAUCGAAGCUUUGUUUCGUUCUAUAGCCGUAAUCCUAGGUCCUUUUCGGCGGAAUUCGGGAAUCGCUGUGAGAGUGUUCGGAUUUUUUGUUUUGCUUCGCUUGCCAUGGGGGAAGGCGAAGGAGGAGAUUUCGCUCCGAAGAAUGCGUUGUCGUCGGAAGUUGUUCCUCCGCCGGUAACGUCUACGGCGGCGCUGGAAGUUCCGGCGAAGAAGCUGGCGCGGCAGCUUGAUUUCACUGGCGCGCCGGAGCAUCCCCAGCAGCAGCCGGUGGCGGUGUUACCGUUGCCGCCGCAGGCGCCUCAUUCGAGGAUUGGGAAACCAGAAUCUCCAAAAUCUAGAUCAAGACCUAACUUUGAAAUGAAAGACGCUACACCCAAGAAGCAAAAGCAGUGCAAUUGUAAACACUCUAAAUGCUUAAAGCUGUAUUGUGAAUGUUUUGCAUCAGGAAUAUAUUGUGAUGGUUGCAACUGUGUAAAUUGUUUCAACAAUGUUGAAAACGAAGCUGCUAGAAGAGAAGCUGUUGAAGCUACCUUGGAGCGCAAUCCAAAUGCAUUUAGGCCCAAAAUUGCUAGUAGCCCUCAUGGAACACGUGAUAGCAGGGAGGAAGCCGGGGAAGUUUUAAUAUUAGGAAAACAUAACAAGGGGUGUCAUUGUAAAAAGUCUGGGUGCCUCAAGAAGUACUGUGAAUGCUUUCAAGCCAACAUUCUUUGUUCUGAAAAUUGCAAAUGCAUGGACUGCAAGAAUUUUGAGGGAAGUGAAGAAAGGCAGGCUUUGUUUCAUGGAGAUCAAAAUAACAUGGCAUAUAUUCAGCAAGCGGCAAAUGCUGCCAUAACUGGAGCUAUUGGUUCCUCUGGCUAUUCAUCACCUCCGGUAUCCAAGAAAAGAAAAGGUCAGGAACUCUUCUUUUGGCCUACAGCCAAGGAUCCAUCAAUUAGCAAGUUGGGACAACAGGUAAACCAUGUUAGAGGUCCAGCACCUUCCUCAUCUUUGUCACCUGUCUCAGGCGCUCGUGUUGGAACUGCAACAUUAGGUCCUUCAAAAUUUAUGUACAGGUCUCUUUUAGCAGACAUUAUUCAACCACAGCACCUCAAGGAGCUAUGCUCAGUUCUGGUGCUAGUAUCAGGACAAGCUGCAAAGACACUUACAGACCAGAAAAAUUUAAUGGAAAAGCAUGCAGAAGAUCAGACAGAAACUUCCCUUGCUUCGUCAAGUCAAGACCAAUUACCACCAAGUCAAAAGGAAGGUCAUGUUGAGAAGACUGUGGCUGAUGAUUGUUCGAGUGCAAACCAAACAGAUAAAAUCAGCCCAGAUGAUUCCAGUUCAGAUGGUGCUGAUGUCCCAAAAGGGAGGCCAAUGUCUCCUGGGACUUUAGCCUUGAUGUGUGAUGAGCAAGAUACAAUGUUCAUGACAGCCGCCUCCCCUAUUGGGCCAAUGGCUCAUGCUUGCAAUACAUCUUCACAAUUUCCUUAUGGACAAGGAAUGACAGAGGUCUAUGCUGAGCAAGAAAGGAUUGUAUUAACAAAGUUUAGGGAUUUCCUCAAUAGGGUUAUAACUAUGGGAGAAAUAAAUGAAACAAAGUGUUCUUCGUUGGCCAGAAAUGAAUUAGAGAAUCAAAAGGACCCAAUCAUCAAUGGCGUAGGAAAUGCCAAUUCAGUGAUAGUGCGUCAGCAUGGAGCCAGUAGCAACGGUGUUACUAAACCUGCUGUUUCACCUUUGGCAACAACUUCGACACGUAUGAUCCCUGGCAAUAUUUCUGAAAAUGGGGAAUCUAAGGUCAAGAUCGAAAAAGAUAUAUGAAAAUAACCUAACUUAGAAGGAUGCGCACACACAUGAUUGAAAGAAGAAAUGAAAAUGUCUUUAAGGUAUGCUAGAACUUCUCUGUAAUAUAAAUUAUAAACGCAUUCUCAUUCUUCAUUUUCUGCCUCAUCCGAAAGGUCCGCUAAGCAUACAGGCCCCACCAUUAGCUCAUGUAGGAUCAAUUUUUUUUUUCUUAUCUAUUUUCUUGUCCUCCUUUGGUCAUUCAUAGAUAUCUAAAUUAAUUUUUCAGCUUCAACAUUGCUUUAUCGCGAUGCUUGUAAAUUGCUGAGGUAUAAGUUCAUAAAGUAUAUCAUCGCUUAGAUUUUUCGUUGAAUGACUUCCAUAGCUUGUAAUUUAAAUAUACAUUUUUAUUCAGGGAUUUUUCAAUGUCUCCCUUUUCCUCUA